GUCAAACAUGCCGCACCAGCGGGCAAAAUUUGCGGAACGCGUGUCCGUGGCAGCAUGAAUGCCAUUUGCCGCUUCGACAUUUUCGUUCGCAGGACGAUCUGCGCGUCGGUGGCGUGACGCCUGAUUUGUAUAGGAGCUCGAGAAGCUGGGAACUAUGUUGACGGCAGUGUUUGCGGCUGCCUGCUGGCUGGGCGUCUCGGCCGAGACGGUGAUGACGUCGACCGAUGCAUUGGCCACCCCGGCGGCAUCGCCGGAGCAUGCCAUCACAAAUGCGACUUCAGCGGUGACUAAUGCCACCCGCAAAAGCAACACGACCAUGUUGUUCAACAUCGCCGGCAUGGAGCAGGCGAACGGAGUUGUCCUGCGUGCUUUCUACGUGAUCGUUGGCGUGAUGAUGAUCAUCCUUGUGUAUUUCGUCGUUCGCAUGGUGAGGUCCAGGUACAGGCGGAGUAAAACACGGAAGUACGGCAUCAUAGCCAGUCGCAGUGCUGAGCUGGAAAUGCAGCCGCUAGACCGUGGGGACGACGAAGAAGAGGAAACGACUCUCUUCGAGGCGAACAAGCGCUGAGCCUUGCAGUGUGGCCAACGUGUCGUGUGUGCCUCCACUUUUACAUAAUCCCUUUUGAACAGCUGGCAGGUGGUUGUAAGCUGCUUUGCAGGUGCUUUUCUGGUUUAUCAUCUAGUCUUCAUCUGCCAGUGGUGUCUUUACGAGUGCUUUGGCACUUGUAACGUGACUUUUUUUUUUCUUCUUCUCAGGAAGUACACACAGAUCAUCCUUUGUAUAAAUUUGUUACAGUUCCUUCGGUUUUAUUUCUUCAUUUAAGUUGAAGUGAAAGUGGCCAGAAUAUAGCAUUGUUUCGAGCAGACCGUACUGUGCAGCCUCCUCGGUAUUCACCUUCCAGGUGCACCAAUGAAGUCUUGCAUGGCUGACUGACCCGUUCCUGUUUCAGGAGAUGCAUUUUUUUUCUAUUCUUCAUUUCCUUCUGCAUCUUCUCAUGAGUCCUUAGUGCUCACUUGUGUUGCUUUGACUGGGUGGUGUUCUUUGUAAAUGCACAUGAUGUGCCGAGUUUUUUUUUUGCCUAAUCUGGAGCUGCUAGUAUAAGAGAGUUUUCUCCUUGAAAUGCUGUGCCUUUUUUUUUUUUUGCAGUGGUUGGUCACAUCUAAGCGACGGCCCAACGUUUGCGAAUCUUGAAAAAAAAAAAAAACCUAACUUUUUGAGGACCACUCUUUCGUUUCUCCAAAUGGGCCAUUAUUGCCCCUUGCCACUGUAGUUUUUGUGUGUUGUCAGCCAGUUGAGGUAAUUGGAGAGUAUUGUUUUCAGAAUUUGGUCUUGUGAGGCCAAGUAAAUUGUAACUUGGUCUUGGUUGUUAGCCUUUUACCCCUCUAAAAUUAUAGGUCUAACUUGUGAACUGCAGGAGGAUAGAGCAACUGUGAAUCCACAUAGAAGCCCAUGGCAUAUCUUAAAAUAUUGCAGUCAUUUAAUUGCUAUGCUGUGAACACAACCAUGAACCUUAAACCUGUUCAGCAAGCUUUUUGUUAAUGUUCUGCUAUUAAGCCCAAAUAAGAGCACAAAGGUAACCAGUUACAACAUUACUGAUUUCUGCUUUAUGGUGAGACUGGAAUAAGUGUGACAGCUACAUCAUAUUAUAUUAAAUAUAAGCAUUGACCUAA